CUGCUGCCGAGCGCGGGGUCCCAUGCCGAAUACGGUAAGGCUUGGGACGUUGACACCGAUGUGGCGCCACGACGAGGAGGAGAAAGAGCAAGGCAGAUGGCGGGGCCAAGCAAGGGGAGAGGACGGGGGCUCGCCGCAGAGGGGCGGAGGUGGGAGGAGGAGGUCAUUGAGCCAGGAUGAGCGACGGGUGACCAGUGUAGAGGGCACGGGGACGUUAAGGAUUGAGUCACGUCUAUCGCCGUCCGCGUACUCAGGGGGGAGAGCGCGCCACUCAAGACCUAGGCAGACGCGUUCCAAUUCCCCAAUGGUAGUUAGGUACGACCAGUCUACUUACGUCAGCCGCCGGGGUCCGUCACCGGCUGGCGCAACCAGUGGGCCCCACGGGGGGGGGGUACCUAUGGAACACCGGGUUGGAAGGGGGGGGGGGAGUGGGGAGCGGGGUGGGGGGCUGCUGGGUGGGGGGCUGCUGCGGAGUACGCCGAGUUACGGGGAGAGGCUGACCGGCCCCAAGAUGUCGGCGGCGGAGAAGAAGUACCGGGAGGGGGGGAGGGCGGUGGCCAUCUGGACGUUUAUCGAGGGGAUGGUAAAGAGUUGCCGUUCGGAACAGCCAAGGACGUGCAGGUGCUGGCCUGGGAAUUCAGGACGGAUGGGGAGGGAGCGGCGCAGAUCGCGGCCAUGGCCGGGUUGGAGGUGCAGCGUUUUUCGACCAAAACAUACGGGGGGGGGACUGAUGGACGUGGACAUGGAGUUGGACCGCCGCGUGGAGGCCCUUUUCGAGUUGAUAGGGUAUCUGGCGUCUGAUACCGUGGACCCUGCUGACCGCGAAGCCCGGUUUAGGACUUCUGGGAUAACGGCGCACCUGGCCGGCAUGGUGACCACAGUUCGGCGCUACUUCGCGGCGGAUGGGCUCUUGACACGGGGGUGGCGGUUCCGCGAGGCAUUCAUGCGGGCACUCAACACGGACCUCGAGGAGUGGACCGCAGUGGUAACUGCGAGGGCGCUGGCGGAGCAGGAGAAAGCUGGGGGUGGGGGGACAACGGGGGGGAUGCAGUUGGGUGAAAUCCCGCUGCCGCAGUUCACCCACACACACCUGCUCAUGCCACUGGCGCCGCUGGCGCCGGCAUUCGGCGGGGCAGGGGACCGUCGGAGCGGAGGCGGGGGCGGCGGGGGCAGCGGGGGGGAAGGGAACACGUACCGCGGGAAUGGCAAUGGUGGCGGCGGCGGGGGAAGCGGCGGGGGCAGUGGCGGGGGGU